UCUUUGGUGCCGUCAGUCGUUUUGACGGUCAAGUUCAGAACAGUUUGCUCACCUGCGGAAAAGGUGACCCGAUUGCCGAUCAACAACCAUCAUGAGGAUCGUUGUAGCGCUGGUGGUUGUCCUAGUGGCGCUGGCCGUGGCCGACGCAAAGUGCAACAAGUGCAAUCACAACGAGUGCGAAUGUGAGCUGAAGAUUGCCCGCGGGCCAACGCCUCAAGUGUUCCCAUUUUUCAAGAAGAAAAAGUGCAACGUUACUAAGCCGCUGGAGCUGAAGCCGACGCCGGACGUUUGCUCCUGCGAACAGGAGUACCGCAUUCGUCCCUCCUGCUCGGAGCACAUCGAGCCGAAGUUUGCCAAGUCGCGAUCGUGCGAGUGUGGUUUCGAUCAUCAUCCAGCGCAACCGAAACCCAAAUAUUCCGUCGACAUGAUCAGCCAGCAGCUGGCCAUCGAGCACGCAAACAAGCAAAGAAUCCCGGAAACGGACCUGCACAUGUACAUUAACCCGAUGGCACCGCCACCGACGCCCAAGUGCGAUAGCAUCGCGGAGGAGCAACUGUACAAGCUGCACAAGCACGUGCUGGAGCUGAAGCCACCGAAGCGGAAGCGCGUCCACUAUCGCGUCCACUCGUCGGAGGAGGCGGAAGGGGCACCGUGCAAUCCGAAGGGUCAGAGCUACUAUGACAUCUGCUACGGCAAGGUGGAGGUGAAGGAGCCAAAGUUUAACUUGCGUCCGCAGGAUGGGCCAGUGUGUGACAACUGCCAGGACAAGUCGACGGCCGAGGAGAUGGACGAGUCGGAGGAGGACUAUUCUCCCGAGCAGCCCAUCAAGUACUGCUCGAAGUGUUCGAAGACUAAGAGCAAAUGUGGUUGUGCGACGUGUGCCAAUAGUUACGUCGAAGAGACGGAAGAGGACGACAGUCCGUACUUCCGUCGGGCACGCUCUUCCGAUGAUGGCGUAUCGGGGCUGGUAGUCUAGGAUGUGAAUGGGAGGGCAGACUAUUACGCUGAUUUCCUGUUGUGAUAUGCUAGUAUAAACCUAGUGGUUUGCUGUUCCACAUUUGCAUACAUGCUUGUACAUAAUAACAAGAAAAUAUAAUGUUUUUGUGAUAAUUAUA